AUGGCGUCCCCCCAACAGCCCGCGCCUCCGAGACACAGUCGAGGUUUCAGUUUCGGUGGCAGGUCAGACAAGUCCAGCAAUUCUGGCAGCAAUAAAAUCCGUCUCACCGAAUCUGCUGAGGAGAAACAUAAACGUUCUUUACAUACCAAAGCCGACCCCAUGGUUGCUAUGAGCGAGGCGCAACCAACUGACCCCGAUCUCUCCAAUCCCACCCGUCCUCGACUUGAGCGUCCGCUGGAUACAAUUCGUUCUUUUGAGGCCGCUAUCUACGGAUCGUAUAAUAGCAGACCAGUAUCAUACGCAAGAACAGACCAUGAAUCUACACCCGCAGCGGAAUAUAGUAGACGCAGUAGCUACUUCGGCGGAUACAACGGUCACCACAGAGGCUAUAACGACCAAAAUGGCCACUACAAUGGACGUGGAACAUAUUCCCGACCGGAGAGUUACAUGGAGGGCAACUAUGGCGGCGGGCCGCCCCCUGAGAAUUACUACCCAUACAACCAAGGCGGCGGAAGGCGACCACGUCGGCAACGCAUGGAGUCCGACUAUCAUGGUGCACAAAAUGGAUAUGGGUCUAAUGUCUACCAGAAAUCCUACGAAAACGUGACGGCAGCGUCUGGGUCGGGAAGCAAUACCGAUCCCUGGACCAACAAUUCAACCGAUCCAAGCUCUGUAAACAGCUCAAUCGACCAGCUACAACAACAACAGCAACAGCAACAGCAACAGCAACAGCAGGCAGUCGCAGAAAGGUUUGGGUUCGCGGGAUUCGGCCCUGAACCGAACCUCAACAAUGGCGGUGCGUUAGCCUCUGGCGCAGCUGGAACUGGACCAAUUAAGCUGGGGAAUUCCGCUCCAGUCGCCGAUCCCACCGCUGGAGGCCCCGUGGGUGGACCAGCCUCAGCCGCAGGUGCGCCCACCACCCGUCGCCAUCUACGCAAAGCGACGAACGCCUCCGAUGCGAGCGAUACGAAGCGAAAAAGCUGGUUUAAGCGAAGGUUCAGCAAGGACUAG